CUUUCCCCUUCUGGUCAGAGAACAGACCCCCUCCCUAAAAUAAAAAAAAAAACCGUAGCCGCACCAAUGGAAAAUGCUCCCACAUCUGCACACAUUCAUCUCUCUCACUCGUACACAUUCCUCCCUUUCACACACGCCUAAGUCUCUAGUAACAGCUGGAAAUUACAGUAUUCGGAUCUGAAAUUCAAGGUUACAAAGCUGGUUUCAAUCUCAAUUCAUUUUUUUUACAUUUUUUGGGGGAUUUCAGAGUUUAAUGGAGCUGUAGAGCUUGUUUCGAGUCUGGAGGUUGAUUUGAUUUAAACUCAAAUCACUGUUUGAUUCUAUUGUAUGUUGCUAAAUACGUGGGCUGCUUGUUUGGCUGAGCUCCAGCUUUCAUCAUUCAGCCUCUCUUUGGUUUUUCCAAGCUAAUUAUUGCACAGUCAGAGCAUGGCUUUGUCCAUUUCAAGGAGGCUUUUGCGUUCUCUAAAUUCACUUGGUCGCUUGGGUUCUCCACUUUCUGCUUCUGAUGGGAAGGGUCAUAUUCUUGGUGUUGAUGUGGCUUGUGUGGAAUCUUCUGUCUUCAGAAAGGACGAAUCAUUCUUCCUCUCUUGUCGAAGAUAUUCAACUUCCAUCAUGACCCCUGAUUCCAGUGACGGUUCAUUUCCUUCAUAUCUAUUAACUAAGAAAUGUGUCUCAACUCCAGAGCGUGAGAUAGGGCUCCAUCAGGACCUGGUCAUUCCAGUAAUGAACUUUCUUAAUGAAGACAAAGGUUUUAUGUGUUUGGCUGGGGAUGUUUUUGAUGUCCCAAUUAGGAAAGAUAUUAUUCAUCGUGUUGUGAGAUGGCAGCUAGCAAAACGACAGCAGGGAACCCAUUCAACUAAAACUAUUAGUGAAGUUAGUGGGACUGGUAGAAAACCGUGGAGGCAGAAGGGCACAGGACGAGCGAGGCACGGAACACUGCGUGGUGCUCAGUUUCGAGGUGGUGCAACUAUGCACGGUCCAAAGCCACGAAGUCACGCAAUCCAACUGAAUAAGAAGGUCCGGCGCCUAGGAUUGAAGAUUGCACUAUCAGCUCGUGCAGCUGAAGGAAGCUUAUGGUUUUUGAGGAUUUAGAGAUUUCUUCGCACAAAACAAAAAACAUAGUGAACUAUUUCAACCAAUUGGAGAAUACCAAGAAGCUUCUGCUGGUGGAUGGUGGCCCAAUCAGUGAAAAGCUAAAGUUGGCUACUCAAAAUUUACAUUAUGUCAACGUGUUGCCUUCAAUUGGUCUAAAUGUGUACAGUAUUUUGCUACAUGACACGUUAGUCAUGUCCCGUGAUGCAGUGAAUAGGAUAGUUGAGAGGAUGCAUACUCCAAUCAAUCGCUAAGGGAGCAUCUGAGGUUGAAAGGGAAUGAUCUUUGUUAGUUUUUGUCGCAGAAGACAAAGCAUAGAAAAUAUAUGUUCUGCUGUUUUUCUAGUCAAUUUAAAAAAUUGUAGGUUUAGUUGAAUUUCUUAUCCUCCACUAUUUUCCUUGAAAGUAAAAUGCACAUAUGCAUUCCAUGCAAGUAAUAGAGGUGCUACUUGAGAUUUUGUUA